UAAACCUCAGAUAAGAAGAAGAACAAGUGUCAGUAAAAAGUGGACAAACUUGUUCGUCGUCGCUGUGAUUUCGCGGUUGUUCGGUUUCUGUCGAUUCGUUUUCGUCCGAGUUUUCGUUUAAACGCGUCUUUGUUCGUUAGAAUUCGACUAACCUCGAGCCUUUUGUUGUGUUUUUUUUUUUUGUUUUAAAUUCAACGGAACCGAGGAGCGGCCGCGUCUGACGAACCCGUUAGCGUUAGCUUCAGCUAACGGACCAGGAAUUGCUUCACCGGAAACUUGUUCCGACUCUUUUCGGAACCUUUUCGUGUUUGACCGGACACCGUGUCGUUGAAUGUGACGUCAGAGGAGAUGGAAGCUGACCACAGCAGUUAACGUCCACGUUGUUCUGGUUGUUGCUGCUCGGCUCCUCUCUCCUCUCUGUAGCCGAGCACCGGCGCCGGUGUUCGGCUCACACUCUGCUCUGAUGCCGCUGUCCAGGCCCGGAGACCCGGCUAACUUCCACCUCCUGCACCGCGUGUGUAAGGUGGUGGUGCUGCUCUGCUUCCUCCACAUCUCCGUCACCGUCGUCUUCUACGUCCGCUCCCUGGACACCCGCUUCGCUUUCGUCCAGAACCAGCAGUACCACGGUAAUGCGACCCAGCGGAACCAGGUCACAGUCACCGACCUGAACCGGACACAUGAACCCGCUGAGAUCCAGCAGCAGGAGGCCCGGGAGAAGGAGACCGAGUCCGGGGAGAGGAAGCUGGAGAAGUGUCCUGAAACUUCACCUCUACUGGUGGGUCCCCUGCGGGUGGAGUUUAACGUCCCCGUCAGUCUGGACCAGAUCAAGCGGGACAACGGGGACGUGCGUCUCGGCGGACGCUUCAAACCCAGAGACUGCGAGGCGCAGCAGAAAGUGGCCGUCAUCAUCCCGUUCCGUAAACGUGACGAGCAUCUGAAAUACUGGCUGCACUAUCUGCACCCUGUCCUCCAGAGACAACAGCUGGACUACGGCAUCUAUGUCAUCAACCAGGACGGGGAUGAGAUCUUUAACCGGGCCAAGCUGCUGAACGUGGGUUACACGGAGGCGUUGAAGGAGUACGAGUACGAGUGCUUCGUCUUCAGUGACGUGGACUUGAUCCCCAUGGACGACCGGAACACUUACAGGUGCUUCAGUCAGCCCAGACACCUGUCAGUCUCCAUGGACAAGUUUGGCUUCAGACUUCCUUAUUACCAGUACUUUGGGGGCGUGUCCUCAAUGAGUAAAGAACAGUACAUGAAGAUCAACGGUUUCCCUAACAACUACUGGGGCUGGGGCGGAGAGGACGACGACAUCUACAACAGGUUGGUGUCCAGAGGAAUGUCCAUCUCCAGGCCGAGCGGCGAGGUCGGGAAGUGUCGCAUGAUCCGACACAAACGUGACGACAAGAACGAACCCAACCCUCAGAGGUUUGACAGGAUCGCUCACACCAGAGAGACGAUGCUCAAAGACGGCAUUAACUCUCUGUCGUACAGAGUCGUGAACACAGAGAAGUUUGAGCUGUUCACUAAAAUCACAGUGGACGUCGGGAAACCGUGACGCCGCCGCCGCCGCUCGUGGUCAUGUGACUCUUGAAUGUUUGGCUUGUGGACGUUUGUUUGAUUGUGUUUUCAGUUUUUUUUUCUUUCUUUCUGGAGAACACGUCUGUGAUUGGACGCUGAGUGUGACCAAUCACAAGCCUCCGCUGCUGCACAACCACAAGCCUUUAUUUUGAAAAUCAGUCAGACAAUCAGAUGGUGGGGGCGGGGUUAGUCCUGGUUCACUCUGGACCUGUCUGUCAUGUUUUAAUGUCCAUGUUGACCAAUGAGAGAUGAGCAUCGUGUGUGUGUGUGUGUGUGUG